AUGGUGACCUGCACACGGGCCUCAGUUUUGCUAUCAAAGAACAAAAACUCCCGAUUUCCCAAAUUUGGGCCCCCAUCAAAAAUCGAUAAACAUGUCAAUUUACAACAACAAAAAACACCAACCCGUCAAUACGGAAAAGUCAUUCUUGGGUACAAUGGACAUCUACCACAAGGAAACAAGGGGCGUAGAAAAAGUAAAUAUUCACUUUAUAGGCGGCCAAAGGCAAAUGGCGUCAAACCAUUUAGAAAACACAUAGUGAAAAAUCCACAUUCUUCAAAGGCGGUUCAAGAUAGCCAUCAACAUUCAGUAUCAUAUACAUUGUCUCGUAAUCAAGCUGUGAUAGUUGAGUACAAGGAGGACCCUGAUACAGACAUGUUCCAGAUCGGAAGAUCGUCUGAAGAUCAGAUAGAUUUUGUUGUCAUGGAUACAAUACCUGGCAACCAGAGGAAGGAGGGUGACGGUGUUACUCAAUCAACCAUAUCAAGAUUUGCAUGUAGAAUAUUAGUGGAGAGAAAUCCACCAUACACUGCAAGAAUAUAUGCUGCUGGGUUUGACUCAGGCAGAAAUAUUUUCUUAGGAGAGAAGGCAGUGAAAUGGUAUUCCGGUGAGGAGAUUGAUGGUCUAACCACGAACGGUGUGUUCCUUAUGCAGCCCCAGAGUGCUUUCUGUCAGUCCACUACAGCUGGUAUAUGGAGAGAGGUCUCUGUAGGGGGAACUGUUUAUGCACUUAGAGAGUCAAGGUCAACCCCUCAUAAAAGUAAUCAGAUAUUAGAAGAGAAUAACAUUCUACAAGAUGGUACAUUGAUAGAUCUGUGUGGAGCUACGUUGCUAUGGAGAUCAGCAGCUGGUCUGUCUGCUUCUCCGAGUGAACGUGAGUUCGAGGUUAUGGUAGAUGAUAUUAAUGCAGGCCGUCCUCAGUGUCCAGUUGGCCUUAUGACACUUGUGCUGCCACGAAAAGGGACACUUGGUAUAAAUGAUAAACAACCAUUUGUGUACACAAAAUGUGGUCAUGUUCAUGGACAACAUCAGUGGGGACAGGGUAAUAAUAAUGAUGGAAGGACUUGUCCAUUAUGUCUUUGUGUCAGUCCAUUUGUGAAAUUAAAGAUGGGAGCUGAGUUGAGUUUGUAUGUUGAUAAUGAACAUCCCACCUAUUGCUUUAGUCCUUGUGGACAUAUGGCCUCCGAAAAAACAGUCAAGUAUUGGUCCCAGGUUGCAGUUCCCCACGGUUGUCAAGGUUUCCAUGCAGUUUGUCCAUUUUGUGCCACGCCUUUAGAUGAGGAGCCUAGAAUAGUUAAACUGAUAUUUCAGGAUUAUACGGACUAAAAUCAUUCAACAUGUGUUCAACAUAUGUUCAGCUUAAGUUUAUUAUUGUAGCAUGCACUGCAGGUGGCAGUAGCAAUUGUUGAGAACACUGCUGGUUUAAGCUCCGAACAUUUGAUAGUUUCGCCACUCACUACAUUUAAACUAGAUUGUGAUGAAUACUGCCUUAAACAGCCUGUCCUGUCUACAAGGGUCAUGCAUAAUUGAGAUGUCCUUUAUGUACAGGGUAAAUGCACUUCCAUUAUUUGGAAUCAUUGUUUUCUACAGAAAUGAACAUGCUGGUCUUUAAAGAAAGGUAUUUUCCAAUCAGAGAAUGAGUAUAGAACAGGUGUUUCGAGUUAAUCAUCGUAUAUCAUUAUGUGAAAAUGAUGGUUCUGUACAAAUUUUGAAAGAACAAGCAAAGUGUAUAUUAUACAUGUUGAAUUUUAAAAAAUUUAGACAUUGGAUGAUUUUAUUAAACUUGUGCUGCAUUUCUAACAACAAAAAAAUUAAUUUCUUGCACAAAUCUUAAAGGCUGAAUUUAGCAAAUGAUGAGUGAUGUGCCAAAAUAUUGAAAUAUGGGAACAUAUCAACGAAAAGGAAACCAAAGAAAAACAACACAAGCAAAGACCAUACAGAUGGAAUAGACAGUGAUGGUAUAAGGUGACAUUGUGUAUGUAAUGUUCUAGAUUAUUAUAAUUUAUGCAAAUCCUUUGAAAAGAUUUAUACCUACGUUAUUUUGCUUUUUAGAAUGAUAUAAAAGUGAAGAAACAUUUUUCUCCCAGGUUAUCAUUAUAAAAGCUAGAAAUGAGUUGUUAGGUACUAUAUGCAGGGGUUCUGUUUCAAAGAAGUUAAAUCAAUUCUUAAAAUGGAUGUGUAUAUAAGUACCUGUCAGAAACUAAUGUAAAAAUACAUUAGCAAAGGUAGCAGGUGAUUUGUAACAUGUUACAGUAUAUUUAAUGUGGCUACCAGGUCAUAAUGAAACUAUAUAACUGAUCUUUGAUGAAUAUAGCCCUGUUGAUAUUUUGUUUUUAAAAAUAAUAAAGUACCCCAUUUUCUGGACAGUGUUAUAUAUAAAUUAAAAGCACAUUAUGCCUCAGAAAUCUAUAUUUAUGAAAUUCUUUAGAAAUGUCUUACACAUGUUUAAUGGUUUUGGAGUAUAUUAGAUGUUUAACAGCUGAAGAAAGUAGCGCUGAAGGUGCAUUUAUGUGUUGUAAAGGUAGUUUAAUGUAAAUAUAAGAUACUAAUUCAGUAUAAUAACCAAUUGCCAACAAAGCAAAAGAAUCUUCAUAACAACUGAGUAUAUUUUGGUAGCAAAAUACCAAAAAAUUAAUGUUUUUGUGAAAUUAAAAAAUGAUAGCAUCUCUGAGGCAUAAUGGGUCUUUAAGGAUAUUCAAGGUGAUAAUUGUUCUGAGGCAUAAUGGGUCUUUAAGGAUAUUCAAGGUGAUAUUUGUUCUGAGGCAUAAUGGGUCUUUAAGGAUAUUCAAGGUGAUAACUGUUCUGAGGCAUAAUGGGUCUUUAAGGAUAUUCAAGGUGAUAACUGUUCUGAGGCAUUAUGGGCCGUUAAGGAUAUUCAAAGUGAUAAUUGUUUGUUUUACAGAAACAUUCCACAUUGAAGGUAUUAUAACAGUAGAUCAUGUCAUAGUAUUCAAUCAUUAAAACUUUGUAGCUGCUUAUUCAAUGUUAGUGACAUUAUUCAAAACUAUUGUUGAAAUAAAGUUUAACAUAACUUUUCUUUAUACAUUUGAUAGAACUGAAAAUGUUAGAAAUUCGUAAUAGUAUUCAGUGAUAAUAAAUACAUUGACUAUAUAGAGGAUAUUUAUAUUUGUUGCAUUGAUUAAAAAGCUUUGCUUUAGCUUUUAUUUGUUCAGUACAAUUUCUGCUGAAUUUUUUCAAUAAAAUUACAUUUGUAAAUUCAUUUAAAAUAUAGUCAAUUUUGCUAGUCAAUUUAUUAUUUGGACAUAUUAAAAACUAGUUAUCCCAGACAAAAAAGAGAAAAAAUAUGAAAAGCUUCUUAAACAUCCUAUGUCCAAUUUCUUUUUUGCUAGACCCAUAUAUUUUUUAAGGAAAAAAAAGGAACAAAUUUGUAUUUUUGAUUAGACAUGAUGGAGACAUGACAAGGAAGUCACACAAUUUGAUCUGUCUUAAGAAUAAGGAAUUUACAGUAUAUAUAUACAAUAUACAUCAGAGGAUCACUGUCCUUGUUGACAAGCUCAUAAAGUCACUAUAGAUCUGCAUAGAAGUUAUAAACAUUCAUGAUCUUGGUUCAAAUAACAUUCAAUAUAAAGGAAAUAAAUACAUUGUUUGAACUUCAGUGAACAAUUAUUUAGGGUAGUCAGAUGUAAGCUGUUGAUUUAGCAAUCCAUGUUAGAAAAUAUUUUUUAUUCAUUUGUAGAAACUUACACCUGUUUUGUUGAAAUUGACCAAUAUAUAUUCACAAUGACAUAGCUUUUUGGUAUUUUAUUGACUUCAUAGGAAAUUUUUGAAUCAAAUUAAUAAACAGAGACUAUGUCUUAUUAACUCCUACCUUUUAGGCAAAUAUUUUAUUGUAUGAUUUUCACAAACUAACAUAUCUAUUAACAGAGGCUAUGUCUAAUUAACUCAUAUAUAUUUUAUAGUCACAUAUUAAACUGUAUGAACUUCACAAACUAACAACAUGUAUAUAGGGUACUCAUAUAUUUGUAUGCUAGAAUUUGAAUCCUUGGAUUUUACAAAUACACCGGUAAAACUGAUAAUUAGAUUGUAAGAACUAAUAUAUUAUGUUAAAUUAAGACUAACAAAUUUCAUGGAAGUAAGUUAAAUAAAAGAAAAUUAUCAUCAGACUUUACAUGUUAGUUGGCAGACAGCUUUAUGCUUCACCUGCUGGCUGCAUGCAAACCGGUGCAGACCAGCGCAGACCAUGAUCAUCUUGCACAUCUGUGUCAUCUGAUCAUGGUCUGCACUAAUUGCUCUUAAUUGAAGUUUUCCUUGAAAUUAAUAAAAUAGAACAGAGGAAGGUAGUCUAAUACUGGUGUAACUCUCCAGGAAUGGUGGUUAGGAAACUACCUGCCUAUAUGACUAAAAUACUGUUGGGAAAAGGCAUAAAAUGAAGCAAACAAACAAACAAAAAAACAAAAAUGAAAUUGAAUGGUUUUUGACCUUGCUGAAAGAUGGACAAGUCACAAUAAAACUGGCUUAUAUAGUAAUUACAUAAAUGACAUAAGAGGUUCAUUUGUUUUAACUAUUAGUGAUUGCCAUUAGCUUGCUUUUUGCUGGAGAUUAAGGCAUUUAUUUUUAUAUAAACACACUUACAUAAUCAUAUAUUAACAUAUUGGUGCUGGAAUAUGUAUAUCCAAAUGCUUUUAAAAUCUGUCCUCGUGUAAAACUGGUAAAUAUGAAUUUUGUGUUCAAGUAACAUUUUUUUCAUACCAGUAUUUAUUGCAUUUUACAACAUGCAUACAUGUAUUUGUUUUUCUUUGUAAAACUGUAAUGUUGAUUGUCAAUGAUGUCAAAAAAUGUAUUUUAAUUGUUCUCAUAAUAUACUGAGAAACUACUAGAUUUUCUUUCCAACUUGGUCAAUUUUGCAAAUGAAAAAUCUGCAUACGUAUUUCUUCCAUAUUGUUUUUUAUAUUUACAGUUGAUUCAAAAUGAUUCUAAGUUUUGAAUAGUUGCAAAUUAAAAAAUUU